AUGAAAGCUGCUCUGAACACGGCAGCUGUUGAGUAUGGUCUGCUUACUAAUGUCGGGGAUACACUCACAAUCACAGACUUGUGCCAGUCACUUGAUGGCAUGAGGCAACUCAAUGCACAUAUGAAACUCGAGAUGAUCGACUUGGAGCAGGCUAAAGCCAAUCUUGAAGAAAUGUUGAAGACGAGUGAUGCUUAUUUCAAGAGUGGGGAUUCUGUUGACGAAAAAAGCAUCGGAGCGCGUGAAAGGACUGAACUGAAGGAGACAAUAAAAGAUCUUCGAUUCCAGGCUUACAAACAGGAGCAUCUCAUCAAGAAACUCAGAUAUGAAGUCUCAGAAUUUCACGAUUUCAUAUUGAAAAAGCAGGACACGAAGUUUAGCGACAUGCCUUAUGUCGACAGAGCAGUGGUCAUGCGUAUUUACUCCGAUGUCGAACUCAAAUCCAUCGAUGCUGCUGACCUCUCCUUCUUACCUAAAGCCCAGGAUGAUGACGACGAGGAUGAGAUCGGGAAAGGUGCUUUCGGGAAGGUGUUCUUGAGGCAAUACAAAGGCCAGGCCGUCGCCGUCAAGGUUCCGUAUAUAAGCGAACGGGUGAAUGAUGAGGAUGCUACGAAGCGGAUGAUGCGAAUCAAAGCAAACCAUGCUCGUACCACCAUGGAAGCUUUAGUUCACCUUGCACUUGCUGACCAUCCAUCUUUCCCAAAGACAAUCGGUGUCGUUGACAUUGAUGGGGCCCCUUCACUCGUUCUGGAGUUCCUCGGCGACAAGGAAACAGGUGACGUCUUUUCCCUUAGCCAGGCCAUCAAACAUCCCAGCCCUUCACUAAGGCAGAAAGACUGGUUUGGUAUCAUCACGGACAUCGUCAACGGAAUGAAGGCAAUGCAUGCUAAAGGUCUCCUCCACAACGAUCUAAAACCCAACAACGUUCUUUUGCAGUGGGACUACAAUGAUAAAAGAUGGCAUGCUUUCAUCAUUGAUAUGGGCAAAGUGUCCACCCAGACCGUACCUCUCAAACAUCGUCACAUGCCUGACGAUGACCGCGAGCAGUACAAAGAAGGCUCCAUGUUUCAGCAUCUAGCUCCAGAAUAUAUGUUGGACCAGCAACCCAUGUCUGUUCAAACUGACAUCUUCUCUAUGGGAAAGAUAAUUGGUCGGAUCGAGGGAAAAGUGAUGAACAAUCGGAUCUUGAGAGAGUUAGUCGCUGAGAUGACGAAUGUUAAACCACGUCUUCGACCAUUAUGGAAGGACAUUGAGAAGGCAGUCGCAAAAGCUCGGAAGAAGUGUCUGUCAUGACCCUUAGCUAUUUUGGAUAGCUAAGGUUGUUUAUAUACUAUUUUGAAGAUGAAAAUAUCCUGGCAUUCAAUUCUCAGUAUUGCAGAAAUUAAAAUUAAGAUUAUAUUCAAUAUAGGAAUAGAUACACACAAGAUGACAUAAUGUAGACCAUUAUCAUGAUUGAAUUCAGAAGUAGGCCUUAAAAAGAAAAAGCUUUAUGAAACAUGAAAUCAAAGUCCAUCGAGAAUCAUCAAUAACGCAGCAUUACGAAAUGUUUUCUUUAUAUUGUGUGCAAUUAAUGAAAAGUUUGAUAUAUAAUCUGCUGAUUUUUAUCUGCAACAUCAGAAUGCCAUAGGAAUCAGGAAUAGCUAUCUAAUUGAAGGGCAAAACGAAUUUGUUAUAUAGUUAUACCAUUGUUAUGUUAUUGAUGGUUUCUUCUUAUAUUUUGCAUUAGGAAUGAUGAUAGAAAUGGCUUCAGAAAGUUGACAGAACCGAGCAUUGACCAUUGAACAAAUGAUAAGAAUAGUAGGAAGCUAUAAGUGAUAAGUCUGAAAAAGCGUCUGAUCACAUUAUAUAUAAGUGAUUUUUUCGAGUCUUUUAGUACUGUAGGAAUCCACUUCUCAUGCUAGCCAACUCUUUCUUCCUCACAGGCUUCCAGAAAUUGCUUUUAAGAUCUUCGCAUUUCCUUGACCAGUUAGAACUCGACAUCUUUCUCCGUCUUGGAAAUAAAAAGUGAUUAGAGGUAGUUUCUGUGAUCUGUUUGUUGCGUGAUUGGAGGUUGGCGUGGAGUUGUGGAUUUCAGGCGGGAAGGGAAUUGGUAAAUCACGUGACAGACGGUUCUGGGGUCAAAGGUCGACGAAUGUCCCUUUGCCUCAGAACAAGAAGCAAAGAAGAAAGUUAAGAAAGGCUGGUGCUUACAAGAUUGAAAAGUGUAAAACGGUGUUUUAAGAAAAGCUUGUAUACAUGUAAAAUGUAAAUAAAAUUAUUUAUUCUGUUGAAGAUC